CCUUGGCAAUGAUUCAACUUCGAUUGUCAUCAUGCAAAAUGAAGUUGUUAAAUGCGAUACUACUCAUAACAAUUGUUAGUGGAGUAAUUGCAAACUACCAACGAGGUGAAAUUUCCACUGAAAACCUCGGAAAAUUGAACAUUUCUAGCCACCAGGGUACCGUCCAAAGUGCUCCAACUACCGACACAUCUCCAUUCUAUCAGCAUAAGAUUCGUGUGAAACGUGAUGCCAACAACCAAAAUGCUCCAAUUCACAACAAACCUCCAUUCUUCCCGUCCCGCAAGCUUCGUGUCAAACGUGCUACAGAUGCUGAACUUGCCACUUCUGUCCAACAAAUGCAAAUGAUUGCUCGAGUCACCAAUGGGAUCUACCUUCAACAAGGAUUCUCGUCUGGAAAGAUCCCUGCGGAUGAGUUCAUCUCGGAUAUGCUCAAUCUUGGAGAUACUACUCCUAGCCAGAUUAUCGGACUAUCGGUGAAUGAUGUGAAAAGCUUGGCUGACGGAUUCAAUGGUUUGAUUGAUUCGUUGCAAGCGGAUGAUGCGGUGAAGAAGGUUGAGAAUCGACUUUUGAUGCUCUCUGAGGUGUGGGAACUGACUAAAGGGAUUGAUGCAUCUCCAGUGGUUCCGGAUAGCACGGAGUAUCUGAAGAAGGUUAAAGAGCUGAAAGGGACAAAGGCGGAGCUUUGGGGAGCAUUGAAGACACCCAUCGACGAGUUCAAUGGUUAUUUGAAUGCAAUGACUCUUCUGAAGAAGCAUAAAGACCAGGAUACUAUUGAAAAAGCAUUUGACAUUUUGAAAGCAUCCAUUAGAGCAAUGCAAAAAUUAAAUUUCAAAGAUGUAGAAAAGUACACAACCGAUGCUUCGCUCAAGACCCUCGAUAGUGUUCUCCCCGAACUUGUAGCUUUCCAGAAAAUCGAGAAAAUCGUUCUUGUUCAUUCGACUAGUCAUGGAACUGUUGAUCCUUCACUAGUACCCAAGCUUGAUGAAUAUGUUUCAAAAAUUCAAAGCGUGGGGACGAGUGUCAAUACAUCUACGUUGAAUGCUUUGAAUCAAAUGUUUGUUGCACAACAUCAUGUUAGUGGAUCAAGAGCUCUGAAAUAUACAUCCGGAUUUCCAAAUGGCAUUUUUCCUAUGUGGAUAGUGUUUUUGCUGACUUGAAGGAUGAUUGGGUGAAGAAAGUGGUAUCUCGACAAGCAGAUGCUCUGUUGAAAGCGAUCAAGCCAUUGAGAAACGUUACAGAAGAGUUUAAGAAAGUCAGUGUGGCGAUUGGAUCGGCUUCCUCUGAUGGAUAUAACGAAAUAGUUCACAUUGGAACAAAAUUUGAGAAAGCGAUCGGAAUGGCCACAAUGAUUCAACCAUUAGUUGGCGUUUUUAAGGCAUGCAACUAUCGGCAGAGCUUGACAAAACCGUGCCAGUUACUGAUUCGAACCUGGAUGAUCUCUUUGGCAGUAUGCAAAAGAUGUCUUCUCAAUUGAGUGCUCUUGGAAGAGUCGUCACGAUGUCAGCUAAAUUGGGAACGGCUAAAGUUGUGGAAAUGCUUGGAAGGAUGCUUGCGAUUGUUAUUCUGAACAGGCCAGAUGAAAUUACGGCAUCACUGAAAGCUUUUCAAGACUCUAAGGACUUUGAAGCUGUCUCUGAAAUUAUUUCUCCGUUGGAAGGUGAUUUGAAAAUUCUUGGAAACGUCGAGAUAGCUAGUUCUGCAGAAAAGAUUUCUACAAAGUUCAAUAGUUUUAAUACUUUCAAACAGAGCUUGCCAGCGAUUUUCAAAUUUACCAGUGGACUUAAGAAUAUCCAGGGAAUCGAGCUGUUCAAGCCAGCAAUCUCCGCUAUCCGAGAUUUCCGUGUCUACUCAAAAAGUGAGUUGUCUGAUGUCAUCAAGCGUUUGCCAGAUGUUCAAAAGAAGCUGAAAAGUCUGAAAGUGGUGAUUGCGGGGAUGAAGGGGACUCAGAGUGUGGAGUCAGAUGCUUUUUCAACUCUUAGUGAGAUUGGAAAAUUAUCCAGCGUCAUUGGGACGGCUUCUCGUAGUGUCUCUAACAUGCAAAUGGCUAUAGUGGAACAUAAAAGAUUAAAUCCUCAUUCGCUGCGUAUUAUCGACAAUUUGGUGAACACAGUUAUCUUUAGCUCCAAGCUUGAUGUGGAGGAUCAGAAGAGAAUUGCAGAUCUGAGUCGGACUACUGCAGAGGUUGAGACGAUGAUAUCAUCUCUGGACACAUUCAAGGGGAAGGUGAAGCCAAUCACUUCGGUUACACUCGCUGGAUAUUCGAAUUUUUUCGAUCAGGCUCAAAGUGUGGAGGGUAUCAGUGCUGAUCUUCUGUCCACAAUUGCUUCGGUGACCAAGCUUGAUCGUCUUCUGCCAACUGCAAAGUUCAGUAGCUUGCUCAUUUAUCUCAAGGAUUUGGAUGAGAUGGGUUUGGAAUUUUCGAGAUUUUCCAAGGAUGUGGCCGCGGCUGGAAAGGGUACAUUAAAGGAGCUGGACGCAUUUUUCGUGGCUUACGGCAAGAAAUUGGCUGAAGGUGGAAAAGCUGGAAAUAGUGGUGGGAAAAGCGGAGCUAAGAAUGGACCUGGAAAAGCUGGAGCUAAGAAUGAACCUGGAAAAGCUGGAGCUGGCGGAGGAGCAAAGAAGGAGGAGGAAGGUGGUGCUCCAAUAGGUAUUAUUGCUGGUUGUGCAAUCGGUGUCGUUGUCGUGGUUGGUGGUGGAAUCGGUGGAUACUUUGUCUACAAAAAGUUCGGAAAGAAUUGGAAGGACGGUAGUUCAGGAUCGAAAGUAUCGAAGGGAGGUGAUAAGAAGAAGAAAAAGGACAUUAAGAAAAUUGAUAAGGAUGCUGACAAAAAGAAGGUUGUGAAAAGUGUUGAGAAGACUGCUAGAAUGCCGGAUAAGCCCGAGACUGGAAAUACUGCGAGUAAAAUUGAGAAGCCAUUGGAACAAUCCAAUCAAACACCCGUCGUUGAUUGCAAACCGUUGGAGGUCCCGAAUGAUAUUGCUGCCGGAAAUCCUGAGAAGCGACAUAAAAGGAAGAAAAGGGUAACGAAGAGCAAAGAACAAAGAGCAAAGAGCAGAGAGAGCAAAGAGGAAGAGAGAGAUAAGGCAAAAAGAAGAAAGAAAUUGGUGCGACGUGGGAGGGAAGUAGCGACUCAGGAAGUAUGGGAUACUGUUGAUGCAAUGAAGAGAAAAAAUGAUGAGAUUCACCGACGAGAGACUGAUUUGAAACAUUUUAAAGUCAGAUUCCCAAUCUUUAUCCCCAGGGAGCCAUCGAUCCCACCGAAAUUCUGUGUGGUACGAUCCGUCGGCGAAUGAGGUGUUCGGUGUGGGCUCGGAUUACGACGAUAUUGAACUGGAUGCUUCGACUGUGGAAUCAACGGUAUCCGAGAGGAUGACUAAAGAAAAUAAAUGAAUAAAAAUACAAAUUGAUCUUAUUUGAGGAAUAAAUAUUGAGACCUGGUGU